UGUAUUUCAAUUAGAUUGAAGCCACCUCGUUAAAAUAAUACCGCCAAGAUGUCGAAGGCUUUUGAUCCCGAGCACCCUGAGAACCUGGAUGACAUGGAGAAGCAAUUCGCCGUGAAAGCCGUCGAACACUUGAUGACAUACUGGUCGAUUCUCGAGAAGGUCAAGGGCUCGCAGCUCCGCCUGACCAAGAUGGACGAUGAGAUCUACGAAUCCUUCAUGAAGGAGUUCCCCGAAUUUGACCCCGCUGGAACUCUCAACGAGGACGAGAUGAAGAGCAAGGCUGGCAAGGAGAAGUGGCGCAACUGGAUCAACCAGUUCGAGAAGAAGAUCGACGACUUCAACUUCGGCACAAUUGUUCGCACUCGGGCCGAUGCCGAGUAUGAUCAAGAUACCACCGUUUUCGGCGUUCGCAUGCAAUUCUACGCCGUUGAGAUUGCUCGUAAUCGCGCCGGCCUCAACGACUGGGUCUACGAGCGCUCCCAGAAGGCUAGCGCAUGAUCGACCUUUUGCAUGUUAGACAGCAUUGCCAUGAUACCACACAAACGAGACUCAGUGAAGGGGUUACUUAUAAUAGAUUUUCUCCACGCGAUCACUCUACCCUAUCCCAUAUUCUCUGCAUGGCUAUGCCAAGUUCGACUCCAUAUCCGGGCUGUUAGACCGACG